CCGGAUGCAGUAUUGCACAGCCUUUCUAACUUGACAGUGGUGGUGUUUCUGCGGGUGCUGGUGCGGUGGAUAGCAGCCGGAUAGAAAUCUAUAAAGAUGGCCUCAGCAACAGCGACAUAUGGGCAGAAGGAGUCUUCGGACCAAAACUUUGACUAUAUGUUCAAGAUCCUCAUCAUUGGCAACAGCAGUGUGGGCAAAACCUCCUUUUUGUUCCGCUACGCCGACGACUCCUUCACACCAGCCUUUGUCAGUACAGUGGGCAUCGACUUCAAGGUGAAGACCAUCUACAGGAAUGACAAGAGGAUCAAAUUACAGAUCUGGGAUACAGCGGGUCAGGAGCGUUACCGCACCAUCACCACUGCCUACUACCGAGGAGCCAUGGGCUUCAUCCUCAUGUAUGACAUCACUAACGAGGAGUCCUUUAACGCCGUCCAGGACUGGUCGACUCAGAUUAAAACGUACUCGUGGGACAACGCCCAGGUGCUGCUGGUAGGGAACAAGUGUGACAUGGAGGACGAGCGAGUGGUGGGCGGAGAUAGAGGCCGACAGCUGUCUGAUCACCUCGGUUUUGAGUUCUUCGAGGCCAGCGCCAAGGACAACAUCAAUGUGAAGCAGACCUUUGAGCGCCUGGUCGACGUCAUCUGUGAAAAGAUGUCCGAGAGCCUGGACGCCGGAGAUCCCGCCGUCACAGGGGCCAAACAGGGACCCCAGCUGACAGAGCAGCCUGCUCCUCCUCACCAGGACUGUGCAUGUUAAAGCUGACUACUUCCCCUAAACCUUUUUCCUCUCCCUUUCCUCCUUGUCCUCCUUCAGCUGGACCCUUGAACCUCGGGUCAAAUACUCCCAACACCCUUUUCACUCACUUUCCUGCUUCUUUCUGUAACCUAGUAAGGAUCAUUGGCUGAGGGGCUCAAGAACCAGGUUAAAAAGUGUCUGAUAUGCUCUGAGAUGCUAGUAGGCCAGUGCUAGAGGCAUGGUUGCUCCUCAUAAAAUAGCUAAAAGGUGAUUUUUUUUAUCAGUGCGGGUGUUUAUCUGAUACCAAAGCAAGUUUAAUCAAAAUACAGUGUUUCAGACUCUUUGCAAACCAGGUUCUUGAAGGUUCCCGACCCAUCUUUCAUAGUCUUGCUGUUCCUCAUUGUGGUUUUACAAGAAGGAUUUGACGGCAUCCGUCCUCAGAGUGCCAUUUAAAUCCUUCCAAUGUUUACGGUACAUUGUUUCAUGUCUUGAAAAGAUUUCAGCCUUGGAUGAGGUGACGGAGAAAGCCGUGGUGGAGUUGAUGAUGAUGCAGCUGAAAUCUGCUCCAUACUGAUGUGUUCAUUUCUUUUAUGAUUCUGAAUGCACACAGAAUCAAACAUACAUGUACCGGUAUCUGUGCUUCAUUUGUUGGCUCACCUGGUAUCUACACAUGGAUAUUGCAGGUAUAAACAAGUGUUUUGUUUUCAUUAUUCAUCUGAGCCUUUUCAUUUGGCCUUUUUUAUGUUUUUGUAUUCUGGAGCCCCAUUUAUUCUUUCAACACUGGGUGAGGAAAAUAUGAACAAGAUAGAGCUACGUAAAAAAUAGCAAAAAAUUUAGAGACACGUUUUAUUUAAUUAUUUAAUUUCUUUUAAUGUACAUAUAAAUGUUGUGCAAUAUAUAUAUAUAUAAUAUCUACAGGUAUGCAUUUCUUGAAAUGAAUUUAAAAAGGUAUAAAGUUCUAUGAGGAUAGUAUCAAAUAUAAGAGGUCUAUGUUGUUGGGUUUGUUUGGAUGAUGUGUGGAAUUGUUUGCACCCUCGGCAGCUCCUCCGUGAGUCGUUUCAUUUCCCUGUCGGUUUUGUCUCAUGCUGCCUUCCAGGGACGUCAGAAAUUCAAACUUCCUGCUUAGAAAAAUACAGUGGAAUGACCCUUUGAUUCUGAAUUACCAAUCAGAAAAUUACUAAUAUGUUGGUCAUUCUCCAAACCACAUUUCCAGCACUGCUACUAAUAAAGGGAAGCAUUUUAAAAUGUCUCUUAUAUAAGAAGAAGGCGCUUGCUGGAGAAACUUUUUGCUGCAUCAUAAAUCCUUUAAGCCAGACAGCAACUGCAGUACAGCUGACAUCAAGUAAUAAAUAAAAUAAAGAUGUGAGCUUUCAGAAGGCUCAAAACUUUAUUUUAUUUUACUCCUGAUGAGCAAUAACAUUGAUGCUUUUUGUCCCAACAGCCUCAACAUGUUAUUGUUCCUGCUGUCACUAACAGAAAAUAUAAAGAUGUAAGAAUAUCUGCAAUAGCAUUUUGUGUAACACAGUUGAGCAGUUGUGCUUGCUAACAAUGCUACGCGUUGAUAUUCCAGUAUUUUAUAUCAGGCAGAGACAAUCCUGCUGGGGAUACAAAGCAUUGAGGAUGGAAUUAUGUGAUUAUUACAGCAGACCAUUUAUGACUCAGACUCAAAUUCAGCAAACUUAGUUUUCAUCUUCCUGAUAGCUGUUUGGAUAGUCACAGCUACUUUAUCAAAUUCCCUGUAACAAUAAUCAUUCAAACAUUUCAUCGUUCUCUAAAAUAUGAUGGAAUGGGUUUGGAGGAUGCAAACAGUGUUGUUUUGUUAGAUAUUUGUAUGGUAUUUUGCCUUUAUCUAAUAGUUUGACCCAUAGAGGGAGUGAACGGAAACAUCAGGAGAGAAUAGGAUGACAUGUGUGACAUACAGCCAACACUGUGACAUAAGCAUCUUCUUCUGAAUCAGUAUUACAGUCUAUUUUGUGUCUUCAGGAGAAGUACAUACAGCACUGUUUAACAAGCAUCAAACAGCUGGAGGCUGAUAUGUUCACAGACCAGGUAGCUGCUGAGUUUCUACCACUAGUUUUGAAUCAAUGCAGGAAUUACAUAUUUUGUUCUGACGUUUUCUUGGCUCCAACCACUCCACAUUUCUGCUAACAGCUGUUUUUACAGUAUGUCCAUUACAGGGUGUGCAUUACUACACCAAACACUCAGAACAUGUUUGUACCCUUGUUUUAAUACAGUUUCCACAGUUAAAACUGGUUUGCCGGGUAUUCACUCUUUUCACUUCACCAAAGAUUGCUGUAGAAGCAGCUCACUGUUUUUGCUGUAGGAUGCCAUAAUGAGCAGUGUGACCAAAUUACAAACUGUAAUAAAACAAAUGCUGCUUGGAGUACUGAAGGGAAUUUUGGUAAUUUAGAAAUCAUAUGCCAGGCUUGCUGGUGGGCAAUGCAUACCUUUUGAAUGCUGUUGUUUCCAGUAAAAACAGAGAUGAAAAGGAUGGAUUGAGAGGGCAAAGCACUACACAAAUCAUUGUGGUGGUCAACUUCAUCAACUUCAUAAAGAAAGUGAUUUUGACUAUGUGAUUGAAGCAAAUAUAAUUCAGAAAAGCAUUUAUUUUGAGAGUAAUUGUUGUGUUAAUUAACUGUCAGCAUACCAACCUGAAAUCACAGAUGUGCCACUGACUUUCAAAGUUUGAGAAAAUGAGGCCCCAGUCAAAGUGCCCCACCAAAGUAUUGAUUAUUAUAAGGGAGUGAUGAUUACGACAAACCUGGGAGACAAUUUUGAUCCUGCAUACAUUUAACUUCUUACUGGUUGUGACUGUUUCUUUUCCGGUAAAAUCCAAACUUUUCAACUGUUCUCCUUUCUAAUGCGUCUUCCUCUCUAUAUAAACCAGAUCUGUAAAUACGGUUCUUUGAGUCAUAUGUGUGGAUUGUGUUGUAUCGACUAAUGCUUGCAACAAAGAAAAAAAGACAGUAAAAACCUAAAAAACAAACAAAAAAAACAGCCAUGUUGUACUGUAUCUGCAUUCAUUACUAGGCUUGCUUGUGAAUGAAUGUGUUACUCUGUUACAUAAGCAAUACACAUUACAGUAUCUACACAAAAAAAUGCCAUCAAGCUUGGUAGAAGUUGCCGACUUUAGAUCUUCUACUAGCACGAAGAAACAUACUUUAAAUGGUCUUGUACUGCCUCUUCACAUCCUCCUCAGUUUGGGCCAUGAAGGUGAGAGAAUAUGCUGUGGAUGUUUUUAUCUGUACUUUGUGGUAAAACAAUAAAAAAGUUACUAACAAUUA